GUCAUCGUGUUGUUAUUACUCUUGUAUACCUAUACUUCAAAUAUACCUAUUGACUACUGGUUACAUAUUACAGAGUAAUAAGCACAGUAGUUGCGACGGACAGCAGUUGUACAGAGAAUAGAAGAAGUUAAGGAGCAUAAUAUAUACUUAGAAGAUUUUUAGUGUGUACGUCGCCAUUGCUGCUGGUGUGUGAUGACCAUCCGGCUGUUGUCGCUCUAGAUAAGAAGAAGUGAAACGAGGAUAACACACAAUUGAGGAAAUAUAUGCAUAUAUUCAAGUGUAUGUAUAUGUAUAUAUGAUUGGAGUAUUUUAAAAUUAACGAGACAAAAUGUCUGAAGCUUCACCUAUUCUACGGGCACUGAGGCCAAGGACUCAGCAUAAAGUGAGAUCAAGUAAAAAACAACAGGAAAAUGAAGUGUCAGAAGGAGAAGAAGUGGACGGCGAAACAAGUCAAAUAGGUGACGUUUCUGAUUUAAGAGCUUUAAAUGAUUCUAAAGGUGAAGAUGAUAAUGAUAAUAAUAAUGAAAAUAUCAAUGAGGAUGAUUAUAAUAAUAACGACGACGAUGACGAUGAUGAUGAUUAUGAUGAUGAUGAACCUAGACUUACUAUCAAGGAAGAACCCGAGGAUGAUAUAACGGAUGAAAAAGUUGUUUCCGAAAGCGGUUAUGAAUGUAAAUCAUGUGAACCACAUAUUGAGUUUCCUUCAUUGGUUGAAUAUUUACAGCAUUUAAAGGACGAACAUCAUCAAAAGCCCAAGUGCCACGAGUGUCCUCAUUGCAAUUUCAUCUCUCAACAUCCAAAGCGAUUGGAACGUCAUCUUUUAUCAAUUCACAAGGACAUAGAAGUUUCUGAUCAAUCCGGCCUAAGCAGCCAUCAAAAAAUUUAUCCCCUCAAACGACGAUUCUUUCGAUGUACCAAGUGCUCAUACAUGACACACGUACGUGCACGUUACACUAAACACGUUAAGUAUCAUUCUAUGCCAAUGAUCAAGUGUAACGAUUGUGACUUUCGUACUCCAUACAAAUGGAAUUUAGAUCGACAUACUCGCAGUCACAAUGGAGGCGGAGCAUUUCAAUGCAGAGCAUGUAAUUUUACUGCUGAGAUACGCCAGAGUUUGACUGUACAUGAAACUAAUCAUCAUGAGCCUCCUGUUGGAGUUAACAGUAAAAAAACGAAUCCCCUUGAUCGUAAACCUCGAAACGGUCCGAAACGUUACAAUCAGGUUGGCGCAAGUGAUUUCAGAGAAAACCCAUCAAAAUCUCCAGCAGCCGAUAUUAUAGAAAAUUUACUAGAAGAAACUCCAAAUCCAGUUACAGCUGACGCGGAGUGUAUAGCUCUUAAAUGUGAUGAGAAAGGCUGCCAGUUUAUUACUGCGUGGGAUUCUGAAAUGCAGCGGCACCUGAUCGAGGCACAUGGACCAUCACAAUUACCAAAUAAAGCCCGAAAACCAUUGCCAAUGCUCAUUCCACUAAGUUCUGAAGGCAAGGUUAAUAAUAUCAUGCCCAACGGUUCUACUAACCCACUCAAAGUUCCUCGGGUGAGAGUACGUCCAGAGCUUGCAAAAAUUGCACGAGAUACUGAAAUCGCGAAGUUAAUUAAUAAUCGUGAGACGACUGGAAAGAAGGAGGUGUCUGUUAAAUCAUUUGAAAAAAGGAAUGCUUCAUUCUUUGAUCGACUAAAGGAGAGACUAUUAGGGAGUACCAAUACUGCUUCAUCACAAGUAGCUGUAAGUAGUCGAGAGGAUUUAAAAUGUUGGUGUACGUUUGAAGCAACUAGCCUUGAGGAAUUGGCUAAACAUAAACAAACUCAUCACACUGCACUCAGUGUAACUAGUAGUAUUACGCGUUGCCCAAACUGUCAAAGAAAUUGUAAAAGUUCGACAGAUCUUGAAUUGCACAUGAAAUUUUGUUCAUCACCGAGAAAUAAUUUAAUGAUUAGCAAUAACAUUCAGGAGAACACUGUUAUUAGUUCAAAUUAUACAGCCACCUCCAACUGUGAUGAUUUUGAGUUUCCUUUACAAGUGGACUGGGAAGGGAGUGUCGGUGGGCUGAAUUCCUCCGGAUCGUCGGCCGAUGGAGCUACUCAGCCGUCUACCCGUAGAGUAUUUAAGUGUCCCCACUGUCCAUUUUGGGCAUCAACAGCUAGCCGUUUUCAUGUCCACAUAGUUGGUCACUUAAAUCGCAAACCAUUCGAAUGCUCUUUUUGUGCAUACCGAUCAAACUGGCGAUGGGACAUCACCAAACAUAUUAAACUUAAAUCAGCUAGAGAUGCAGCUCAUGCCAAUGCCAGAGUUCUCAUGACUGAUGAAACUGGUAGAAGAAAUUAUUCCAAGUAUAAUAAGUAUUUAGCACAAAUAGAUCACCAAAUUCCACAUGAUCUAAAUGAAGAUCAUGGAGUCAUUGAUACUAGCUCAGGAGAGCCACCAAAGAAAUUAAUUAUUAUGAGUAAAUCUAAAAAUUAUCCAGCACCUCAAAAUUUAACACCAGCUCCCAGUAGUUAUAACAACUAUGGAAAAUCCGAUUCUGCAAUUAUCAGUAGUGUUCCGCGUCCACCACCUCCUCUUCAAGCAGCUAGAAGUCAAGGGCAAUCUUUAUUAAAAGUAAAUCCACAAGCUAAUAAUCCAAAUCUUGCCGUUUCGGUAUAUGCUUCAAACUCUAACUCAGUAGCAUCGACUUCUGCUUCAGUAGAAGAGUCUAAAAGAACAUUGUGGAAAUGCAAAAGAUGCAAUUUCCGUGACAGUAGUAAGGAUAAAGUUUUGCAGCACGUUAAAACUCAUUACGAAUCUGCUGAACAAUCAAGUAGUCAAAAAAAUGUAAUUUCAUGUAAUGAAUGUCCAUUCAAAGCUGAAGAUCCAGCUGUAUUAGCAAUACAUCAAGUCAAUCAUCGUCCAGAUCGAGAUAAAAUAUUCAAAUGUUAUCAUUGCCCGUAUUAUGUUCGGACAAAAGCGGAACUUUUGGAGCACGGGCAUUUACAUGGCCAAGAGCUUGCUGUUGAACAUAAAUUAAACUCAAAUGUUGACAUUUCACCAAUUAAAAUGAAACUUGAGAGUCAAUCAACUAAAUUAGACAUUUCUGUGGAAGAAGUAUCGCAUGCUCCAUCACCUAUUUCAGGAACUAAUGAAGAUACUGCGCCACCACUUCUAUUAGACACACGUGCUUUACCAGAUACACCGCUUGUCUGGGUAUCAAGACCAGACGGAUCGUUUGCAAAAAUGUUAAAAUGUCGUCAUUGUCCACACGUAUCAACUCGUCGUGCUGAGGUUCGUGAUCACGAAACAAUGCACACGUUGAAUUCAAUAAAUGAUUGUAAAAUGGCGUGUCCAGACUGCAGUUUUAGGUGCUUAUUACAAGAAACAAUGGAUGCUCAUUCAGAUAUGCAUCGAGGAUCAUUGGGAACAAUUCACUGUCUCGUAGAUGAUGGCCGUUCUGACGCACAACAACUUGAUGAUUUAACAACUCUUUUAGAUUUACCUAGAACGCCUUUGUUGGGCCCAGAGCCAGAUUUGAAUGACCCACGUUUAGUAUAUUGCUGUAACAAAUGUCCAGCACGUUUUCUUUGUGAUAAAGAAUUACGAAUCCAUAUGAAAUAUCACUCAAGUGAUUUAACGUAUUCAUGCGAGUGGUGUUCUUAUGGCUCAAGACAACAAUCUCAUUUGUCAGCUCAUCAAAGAGCACAUACUUCAGAAUAUCAAGAUCGUACAAGAUAUUUAUUAUCUUUAUACGGUCAUUCGCAAAAGUUUCCACCACCUAGAACAGCAUGUGUUGAAACAAACAGCCAAGUUGGAAAUACUGAGAAAAACAUCGCUUGGAUUGUUGUUCAAACAUCAGAUUCUGUAGCAAGUUCUUCUAAUCAAAUAAAAGAAGAACAACGAUUAACUAAUCAAGUAUUUACUUGUUCAAAGUGUCCAGCACGUUAUUUUAAGUUAGACGCACUUGAAUACCAUAUGACUCUUCACGGUUCUAACAAUCGAUUCAAGUGUACAGAAUGCGACUAUUCAUCGAAAACGGGUCAAAACUUAAUGAAACAUCAAGUUGUUCACAGAAGACAAACUGAAAUAAAUGAACCAUCUGCUUCUUUAUUACAAUUAAAUGAAGAUCCUUCGUACAGUCCGUUAAUGGAGGGUAAUCCCAAUUUUAUUUAUCAGUCAUAUUAUAAAAAUGGAAAGAUGAAAGAAAAACGUUACAAGUGCCAUAAAUGUCCGUCAGGAUUUGAAAAACGUGAACAGUAUCGAGUACACUUGUCAUUACAUGGUGCUAAGCAACGAUAUCGAUGUGAUACUUGUGAUUAUUCAGUUAAGUAUUAUGCAAAUUACGUACAACAUUUGAAAAAACAUCAAGCCAAUGCUGAAGCUCAGGCGUCACAACGUCAAGACGAAACGUCAAUGGAUUAUGACAGUAAUGCUAUUGAUGAAGAUAAUUUGAAUAUGAGUACCUCUAAGUCACGUAGAAAAUCAACAAUUUCUUCGAAUACAUUAGGAAAUAAUGGUUCUGGCGCUGGAUAUGCUGCUUCAUGUGUUUCUAAUCAAGAUAAACAGUCGAUCAUACUCAUGCAAAAAAAAGGCAAUACAUUAACACCAUUGACACUCAUACGUUGUACAGAAUGCCCUUUUUCAUCGGCUGAUAAAGACACAGUUGAUGCUCAUAAACGUCGACAUGGUAUUGAUAGACUUACACCGCCUUGUCCACAUUGCAAUUAUGUGCCACGUAAAGACGAAAAUAUAAGUGAGCAUAUUAAAGUACAUUUUACUAGACUAUACAAACCAGAAUCUUAUUUAGUUAUUGAUUCAUUAUCAUUGACAAUGAAAAAAAUAUCUACUAGUAAAAAAGAUGAUAAACAUAAAGAAAAUGAACUUAUAUUUCGUGAAUGUGAUGAUGGAAAAUAUUUACCGGUUGCUAUUACUAAUUCAUUGCCUGUCACAAAUGGUAAUAAUUUUGAAAAAAUAAUUGUCGAUCCUAAUACAGGCGAAGCAACCCGCUCAAGUAUAUAAAAUUUUUAAUUAUAAAUUUAUUUACAAUUUGUUAAAUAUUUUUGAAAAUUUUUAAUGGUAUGAGAAUUAUUUGUAAUAUUUUAUAGUGAGAACUUUAAUUAAUUAAUUGAGCAUGAAGUGUUGUGAAAGUCAUUUUAGUGUACAUUUUAAUUAAAUCAUAAGAUAAACAAGAGUUUAAUUGCUUAUUGUUUAGAUGCUUAAUCUUAUAAUUAUUAUUGUAAAAAUUUAUUUUUGUUUUAAUUUAUUAAAAAAAUUUUCAUCAUUACAUUUAACAUGGAGUUAUUUAUUUUUAUUCUCGUUACAAGAAAUCACGUUUGAGUAAAUACUUAUCAGAAACUAUUUAUUUUAACUAAUACUUAUCACAAAAUGAAGUGUCAAUUUAUGCAAUGUUAAUAUUCAGUUAUUUAUUAUUUACAGAAACUAAUUAUAAAUACCAUGUUUUUUUUUUUUACAUUAAUUAAAAAAUGAAUCCGUAUUUUAUUUUCAUUAUUAUUUUAUCAUUUAGUCCAAUCUGUCUCUAACGUUAAACAACACAAUCACGUAUUUUUACCAACUUUUUUGGAUUUUUUCUAACAUUUUUUUCUUUUAAGAAUAUAUUUUACUGCCUUAUUCUAAUUACUAACUAACUUUAAUGCAUAUAUAAAAUUAAUAAUUAUAUCGACUGAAAAUAUUUAAGCACAAGUAGUAUUAAAUGUUGUUAUAAUUACGGAAAAAAA